AUGGAGGGCAGCCUAAAGCAGCUCAGCCUGGGGGGGGGGCCGGAGGGGGCAGGGGACAACCAGGCCCUGGCCGAGCUGCAGGAGCUGGCCCUGAGGUGGUUCAUGGAGACGCAGGCCCCCCUCAUUCUGCAGAACGGAGCCCUGCCCUCCUGGUUUCAUGGAUUCAUCACCCGCAAGCAGACGGAGCAGCUGCUCAGGGACAAAGCUCUUGGCUCCUUCCUCAUCCGCCUCAGUGACCGGGCUACCAGCUACAUCUUGUCCUACAGGGGCAGCGACCGCUGCCGGCAUUUUGUCAUCAACCAGCUCCGAAACCGGCGCUACCUCAUCUCAGGGGACACCCACAGCCACGGCACCCUGGCUGAGCUCGUGCGCCAUUACCAGGAGGUGCAGUUUGAGCCCUUCGGGGAGACCCUGGCUGCUGCCUGCCCCCGGCCAGAGAACAAUGAUCUGUAUGACGCCAUCACCCUGGGCCUCCACCAGACCAAUCUGGGCCUGGAAAAUCCACCUGCCACGGCAUCCCCAACAGUGGUCCCGGACAAGGCCGCCAGCCCCCGCCUCUCUCCAAAGCCCCAGGUCUCCUUCCUCCACACAAAGAAGAGCCUUGAUGAGAGUCCCUGGAACCUCUCCAAGGAGGAAAGCAUGGAGGCCCCCAUCAGGGUGCCCUCCCUCCCUGAGAGGAGUACCUCCCUUCUGGACGAGUCUUUUGGAGGCCCCAACGACAUCAUCUACGCAGACCUGAGGAAGAGGAACCAGGCACGGCUAGGUCUGGGCACAGACGUGUCCGGCAGGCAUGGGCCAGUUCCAGCUGGCAGCCAGGCCUGCUCCCCAGGCAAGGAGGCCCCAAAGAGACUCUCAGACGAAAGCCAGAACAGGCCUGAUGGCCUAGGGUUUGCCUUCUCUGAGGUGAGCCCAGACCAGGGCCGUACAGUGUCUCCCACUUCCUGGGGCAUCCUCCUGCCCCCCAGUUCUGAGGCCCUGGGAUCCUCAGCUGCUAUCUGGAGCCAGGAGUCACCGAAGCUGAGCCACAGGGCUCAGCUCUACUCCCAAGGCAGUUCUGCAGACAGCUAUGAGCUCAUCCAGACAGCAGGCCUCCCGCAGGAGGCUAGGGGUGCGCCAGACCAAGAAGAAGGCAGUACGUAUGAGCAGAUCCCAGUCGGCUGGGGUGGCCCACCCAGGCCCCAGUAUCCUGGGGCCAGUCCCACAUAUAGCAAGCUGUCAGGACCCACAGACUGUGGCCACAAGAGGAUCUCGGGGGCCCCGGAGCUCCCUGAGCCCAGGAACACCUAUGAACAAAUUCCAGCAGUCAAGAGCAAGGAGACUGGACGGACACACAAGCCUGACAAGCUCCGGAGGCUCUUCUUCACGGACAAGAAGCACAAAUCCUGAGGAGGCCUCGGCUUCCAGCAGUCCACCAGUGGGUUUCCUGGGACC